CGGAGUUUUCUAUGAGCGGAGGACGUACUUUAAACGUCAGUAUCGCAGUCGAUCGUGUUCGUGUAAUCGUGGGCAGUCAAAAUCGUAAUCGAGAUCGAUAUUCGAUUAAUUGUGCAGCCUUACUUUGAAUCCAGUAUUUGCACAAAUCUCUCAACUACUUCUACAUUAGAUUUAGUAUUAAUAUGAUUGCUGGACAACGGCGCGUGAGGAAAUAAGUUCUUGUUCUUUUGUCCUUAGAAGCUGACGGCAAAACUUGACUGUUCUACUGUAUGUUUGAGACGUUAUUGGACAUUUCACAUAUUUCAGGGUGGAGUUUUCCUUUAAUUAUCUGAUGCCUUCAUGUAACAAACCUCUGGGAAAAUAGCCUAGAAUACUAUGGAAUUGUUUCCUGUAAGACAGCCUAGAAUGGUUACCUGUAAGACAGGUUUACUGGAAAAAUAGCCCGUCAGUAACGGUUUGCUUUCAAAUACAGCUGAUACUCAGCAUUUAGCCAAAAUUUAAUCCAAGUAAAUCCUUGAAACUGGAUUUUAAUCCAAGGAUUGGUUUGACUACUUAAGCUAUGGCAAGUUUGCAUGCUUUCUGAUUUGUCAAGUCAGUUUGUUCCUCAAGUCAAGCACAUCAGACUAAACAAUGCAUUUAAAUCCCCAGACACAAUAAAACUGGAAAAACACCCCCGUCCAUCCAACGCAAAGGACCUCGACUUUAUUAUCUGACUGCCACCCAAGCGCAUGACUUCAAAGUGUGUUUCCAGACUGUUUGGUCUAUGUAGCUUGCUGUAAUACCCAAAUAGCGUGGCUUUGGAGUGUUUGAAGGAUGCAACUGCAUUUUUCUCACAGCUGGUGAAAGGCUACAAAAAGGAUUUUAGACCAAGUGAAUCAUUUCCAAUAAACCGGAUACACAGUAAAAAAAAAAUUAAAAAAAACUAACUUUGACCGAUCUGCCAUGGUAAACAGCUCUAUAUUCAUUUUAUGGACUAUAUAUCAUCUUAAUCACACGGCCUCCUGAGACUUUGUAUCCAUGAAGUGAGCAGACAGAAAUCAAGCGCUAGAGGAAAUGGAUAAUCCAUGUUGAUUCCUGUUUAGGGUAAGACUGGGAGCUGUUCAGACUGCACUCUGUGCUGUGCUGAGAUUGUCAGAAUCACAGCAAGAGAGGAAACAGUGGAAGAAUAAACACAGUGUUAAGUCUAAGCCAGUGAUGUCUUCUGAAGAUGGGCCAAAUGCUCGGGAUUCCAAAGGCUCUGAAAUUCAGCGGUCGUGGUUGACGCUGCGAUCUCGUUAUCCGAGAUCGGAUUCAAACGGGCCGAGAGACGGCAAAAAAAAAAUAAAAAUAAUCGAAAUAAAAUGGAUGAAGCUCAGACGGUUAUGGACUCCGGUUUCAGGAGCUGCAGGUGGAGAGGGAAGCCAUGCUGGUGAUUAAUCGAAGUCUCGCAGAAGAAAGCCUUGCACAUCGGCCCCGGCUCCAGAACGGUAAACUUCAAUUGGCUGCUAAGUACGGGGAACUCGCAAAGCUGGCCGCUUCCUACAGGGAAAAGCAAAGCCGACUUGAGACCCACAUGCAGAAGCGCGGUCCACAGACGGCUCAGAAUCUCCUACAAGAUGAGGUGGCACGUGCCGAGGAGCAAUCUGAGGAGCUUCUGAAGAGAUUCAUGGAGGGCCAAGUCCCGCUGGAGGGCUUCCUGGACUCUUUCCAGAGCUUCAGGAAGACGUAUCACGUCCGCCGGGCACAGGUUGAGAAGAUCCAGGAGCUCAACCGGCCGGAGAGGAAGCAGACCAAGCGCUCGGAGGAGGACGAGGAGGAGGCGGAAGAGCAGAAGAAAAAGGAUCAGGGGUCAAAGGAGCUCCGGCCCAACGGCAUUACCUCCCACGGGUCGGCUCGCAUCUUCCAGGUGCGUUACGGCCUCACGCCGGCCAUCCUGGUACCCCUGUCUACGUCCUCGGCUCCAUCCACCAGCUUGUCUCCUCUGGACUCGUGCCCAGGACAGCGCCAGGCUUUAGGGCACGGUGCCCCUCAUCCGUGCCCUGGGCAACCCGUGGGCCUCAGAGUGAUAGGACAGUUACCAGGCUGGCCGAUCAGACCGGUGCGGUUACAGCAGCUCUAUAGGCCCAGUCCACAUCAGCAUGAACCUCCAUAUCGAUAACGUCCAAACACUGUGCAGCAUUAAUGUCUGACUCGAGACCUUUGGGUUAAUGUAAACAUUUUCAUCGGUCAACACAAAGGUCGCUUUCAUCCGCCUAAAAAAAAAAGGGAGAUGAUUGGAAAGCCAUAAAAUGUCUUGUCUAUGUUGUGAACAAGCCAGUGGAUUACACAACUCCAGGGCGUCUCUGUCAUUGUUGCCUGUUUGUGUCGUUUUGUUUUCUUCCUGUCCCUUUUGUCGGGAUAUGGCUGCUGCUUUUGUGAAGGAAUGAGAGUCGUUAAGACACUGAUUUCUGACUGGAAGGACUUGUUUGAUGCCAAUGAUGUUCUGAGAAAUGCCAGGCUAAUGAUAUUGCCUUGUUAUGGUGAUGAUAAUGAUCAAUAAAGUCCUAUUAUAAUGUUUAUUAUAAACCAGUA